AUGAGGCGCCUUGCUGCACCUCACCUGUGCCACCUGCCGCUCUCCGCCUCCCCACCCACCACCACCUGUCCCGCCAUCACUACACUGCCGGCCUCUCCUAAACAGACACGGGACAGGGACGAGGGGAGCCAUAUAGGGAAUGAGUGUGGCUGUGUGUGGCUGAGUGUGGUGGCGUCAUGUAGCCUGUGUCCUACCCUCACCACACACCUCACCUACGCUGCCUUCACCACAACAGAAGGGAAUGGAGGUGUGUGUCUCCACUAUUCCACCCAUCAGCCUCCACCAGCUACCACCAACAUUCUCCACCUUUCCACAUCCAUCCAGCACCUUCCACAUACCUCCACAUCCACCCACCAGCCUCCUCAUCCACCCACUAGCCUUCUCCACCCUCCACUAUUCCUUCCAGCACCCUCCACUACCCUCAUCCACCCUCCACCAGCCUUCUCCAUCCACCACAUCCACACAACAGCCUCCACUAGCCUCUUCCAUCCCUCCACAACCCUCUACAUCCACCCAACAGCCUCGACUAUUCCAUUCAGCACCCUCCACUACACUCCACUAGCCUUAUCCAACCUUCACAUCGAUACACCAGCCUCCACUAUUCCAUCCACCACCCUCCACCAGCCUCUUCCACUCUUCACAUCCAUCUACCACCCUCUACUAGCCUUUUCCACCCUCCACCAGCCUCUUCCACCCUCCACUAUUACACCCAGCAUCCUCCACCCUCCACAUUCAUCAUUCUGUGGGAGGCAAUGA